ACCUCUCACACAGAUUCUCCUUCACCACCAAGCCUCACCUCAUCGCAGACCACCACCAUCGGCACAGAUCGCCACGACCACCGCCGCAGAUCCCCACUACCGUCGAUGAUCCUCCUCCGUCCUCCGUUGGUGUCUUUCUCUCUCUCUCUCUCUCUCUCUCUCUCUCUCUCCUAAACACCCACCGCUGUCGAUGAUCCUCCUCCUUCUCCUCCUCCUCCACUAGUGUCUCUGCCGGAUCUGAGAAGAUCGUCGAAAUCUAAAUCAGAUUUGAAUCCUAGGCCGAGAUCUAACCGUCGUGAGCGAUCCACAGCGACGCAAUGGCUUCCAAAUCCUACGACAAGAUCGCCGAUAUCUGCGACGACCUCAUCCUCCAGGUUUCAACGCAGGGGAUUACAUUCCAGGACAAAUGACCCUACUCGAUUCAUCUUCUAGGCCACAUCUACAUCGACGACAUAAGCUUACGGAUGGAUAUAUGGAUUUCAGUAGAGGCACCAACCUACUUCAAAUGGUUCAAAGGCACUUUGAAGAGCAAAAGAUUGAGCAGCUAGAUAUGGCAGAGCUCACUCAAGUACAACACCAAUUAGAUGCUAUACUCCGCCAAACCAGAAUAAAAAAGUUGAUGAAAGCUGUCACGGCUCUCCAUGAAGAGAUGGAUGAACUCGUGCUCAAAGCUAAAUUGCACAUGACAAAUUGGCACUUUUUGCAUUUUUUGAAGGAUUAUAUAAUUUUGUAUAGAUGUAUAUGGAAAAUAUUAGGGUAGACUAGUAGUUAUAUUUUUGGAUGGGUGUGUAUAGAAAAUAUUUGGUAGACUACUCGUUAUAUUUUUCGGUUGAUGUACAUGGAUAAAAAUUUAAAACAUAAUAACAAGUACUUGUUAUGUUUUAAAUUUUUAUGCUAGAUGAAAUAUGUAGUUUGGAAUUAUUUGUGGAUGAAAACUUAUAAUAAUUGCUGAUUUUAAUU